AUGAUGGAGAGCCAGCCGCUGCAGGACCCGACGGACACGGCUCCGGCCCCCGGAUCUGCGGAGCCAGCCGGAGCUCCGCCUGCCGUCACCCCCGGCAAGGGGUUCACGCGCACCUGCAAGGGCCUCGUCGUCGUGCUCAUCGGAGGAUACGUGCUGCUCCAGCUCCUCCCCUCGUCACUCAACUACCUCGCCAUCAUCCCCUCCAAGACAAUCCCCUAUGUAUGGACUGUCUUCACUGCUGGUUACAUCGAGCAAGUCCUCCCAGGCAGCAAAUCAACAAGGAUUGAAUGGGGGUGCAGAGAGAGAACUAAGAUAGCCAUGUGGACUUACUUGGAAGGAACAGCUACAUGUUUGCAACAUGCAAGCUACCUGCUUCAGGCCAUUGGCAGUUCUCUUGGUCUUCUCUUUUGUGGAAAGGACAUUGAACCAGCUUGGGGCCGCAAGGAAUUCUUGAAGUUCAUUAUUUUGAUCAACUCCAUCUGUGGCAUUCUUGCUUUCUGCUUUGCUAUUGGCCUCUACUACGUCACCGGAAAGGAGAGCUUCCUUGUCACACCACUUUCUGGUUUCCACGGUUGCCUUGCUGGCUUCCUUGUGGCCCUGAAGCAGCUCUUACCAAACCUUGAGCUUCCUAUGUGCUUUUUCUGGAAAAUAAAGGCAAAGUGGAUGCCAUUCUUUGUUGUAUGUUUCUCAAGUAUCAUGGCCUUCAUUGUGCCUGAUUCCAUUAACUUCCUGCCAACUUUGGUGUCUGGGAUGUAUGUUAGUUGGCUUUACCUGAGAUACUUCCAAAGGAACCCACUGACUGGACUUAAGGGUGAUCCAAGUGAUGACUUCUCCUUCCCCAGUUUAUUCCCAGCUGCCAUGAGACCAGUUACAGACCCUGUGGCCAACCUGUUUGAUAGGAUGUUGUGUGCAAGGUCAAGGCCUUCGGAAGUGGCUCUCCCAAUUUCAGAUCCUACCAAGGCUUCAAGAAGAAGGGAGCGCGGCGAGAGGGUUCUUGAGGAAAGGCUGGCGGCCGACAGUGCUGGUGACACAGAAGCCGUGCCCCACGGCCAUGGCACCGCGGAAGACUGA